AAGAAGACUUGACUGGUUUAAGUAGAUUGCUAACAGAAGAGAAAGAAGAUUUAACUGACUUAAUUAGAUCACGAAUAAAAAAAGAAAAUUUAGCUGGUUUAAUUAGAUUGCAAAUAAAAGAGUAUGAUGAUGAUAAUGAGGAAGGGGAAGAAGAGGAUGAGGAAUAUGACGAGAAUGAGGAAGAAGAGGAGGAUGAGGAAUGGGACGAGGAUGAAGAAGAAGAGGAUGAGGAAUGGGACGAGGAUGAGGAUGAAGAAGAGGAUGAGGAAGACGAUGAUGAGAAAAGGGAAGAAGAGGAAGAAAAUGACGAUAAUGAGGAUAAUAAGAAAGAAGAUUUAAUUAAUAGCUUAAUUAGAUGGCGAAUCAAAAAGGAAGAUUUGGGUUUAAUUAGAUUGCCAAUAAGAGAAUUAUGA